CCGCGCGCCCGCGCGCGUCCCCGAGGGGCUGCUGACGGGCUUGCGCGUUUGUGCGGAGCCGGAGGCGGGGACCUGGAGCCGCGGUGGCUGCGGGGGCCGCGGCCAGAAGCGGGGCGAGAAGGGGGGGGCAGGCCAGCUCCGACGCCGCGGCGACGACACAGCGAGCGAGGGAGCGAGCGCCCGGGCCCCCACGGGAACGAUGCUGUGGUUCCAGGGCGCCAUUCCCGCCGCCAUCGCGUCGGCCAAGAGCAGCGGCGCCGUCUUCGUGGUGUUCGUGGCAGGUGAUGAUGAGCAGUCUACACAGAUGGCUGCAAGUUGGGAAGAUGAGAAAGUGACAGAAGCAUCUUCAAACAGUUUUGUUGCUAUUAAAAUCGAUACCAAAAGUGAAGCCUGUCUACAGUUUUCACAAAUCUAUCCUGUAGUGUGUGUUCCAUCCAGCUUCUUUAUUGGAGACAGUGGAAUUCCGUUGGAAGUAAUAGCAGGAAGUGUUUCUGCAGAUGAACUUGUUACCAGAAUUCACAAAGUCCGACAGAUGCACUCUUUAAAAGGAGAAGCAACAGUAGCAAAUGGCAGCCAGUCAGAAAACUCAGUCUCUACUCCAUCCACCUCAUUUGAACCUAACAACACUUCUGAAAAUGCUCAGUCCAGAAAUGUAGAACUUUGUGAGCCAUCAUCCACUACUGAUGCAAAGUCAAAUUCUGAAACAGGAGGAGAAAGUUCAGACCAUGCUGUGUCAUCUCAGGAACCCAGUGGAUGCUCAAAUCAAAGACCUGCAGAGGACCUCUCCAUCAGAGUAGAAAGACUAACCAAAAAACUUGAAGAAAGGAGAGAAGAGAAAAGGAAAGAGGAAGAACAGAGGGAGAUUAAGAAGGAAAUUGAAAGGAGGAAAACCGGAAAGGAGAUGUUGGAUUAUAAAAGAAAGCAAGAAGAAGAAUUAACAAAAAGAAUGUUAGAGGAAAGGAACAGAGAAAAGGCAGAAGAUAGGGCAGCCCGAGAGCGUAUUAAACAGCAGAUUGCAUUGGACCGUGCUGAGAGGGCUGCUCGCUUUGCAAAGACAAAGGAAGAAGUAGAAGCUGCCAAAGCUGCUGCCUUGCUAGCCAAACAGACAGAAAUGGAGGUCAAGAGAGAUGCUGCUGCAAGAGAAAGAAGCACUGUGGCACGAAUUCAGUUUCGUCUUCCUGAUGGUUCUUCCUUUACAAAUCAGUUCCCUUCUGAUGCCCCUCUAGAAGAAGCAAGACAGUUUGCAGCACAGACUGUUGGCAACACUUAUGGAAAUUUUUCAUUAGCAACUAUGUUUCCCAGGAGGGAAUUUACCAAAGAAGAUUAUAAAAAGAAAUUAAUGGAUUUGGAACUUGCUCCAAGUGCUUCAGUGGUACUGUUGCCAGCAGGAAGACCGACUACAUCCAUGGUACAUUCUUCCAGUGGAGAUAUUUGGACAUUGUUGGGAACGGUACUUUACCCAUUCCUUGCCAUUUGGAGAUUGAUUAGCAACUUCCUGUUUAGUAAUCCUCCUCCCACACAGACCUCAGUAAGAGCAACAGCAUCAGAACCUUCGGCAUCCAGCAACUCAGAGAAAAGGGAACCAGUGAGGAAAAGAGUGCUGGAGAAACGGGGGGAAGAUUUUAAAAAGGAGGGGAAGAUAUAUAGACUGAGGACUCAAGAUGAUGGAGAAGAUGAAAACAACACUUGGAAUGGGAAUUCUACUCAACAGAUGUAGUGACAAGUACAAUAUGUGCAAUAAUCAUUGUUUCUCUUAUGAUUUAAUUCAACUAAAAUUCUGCUGGAGAAGUGGGACUACUUUAUGUUUUUCACCUGAUCUAUAAAGUCUCCUUAUUCCUGCUUAGUGGGUUAAAGUUGUUUAACUCAAGACAAGUCAAAAGAUAAAAUAACUAGCUGCUAGGUCCUUGCAUAUGGUAACCAACUGCUAGAAGCUUAAAAGAAUCAGAAGGUUUGCCACAACCUCCCCUUCUCAGCUUUCUUACUCAGUAUUUCAUAUUCCUCUUAGCCCUGUACUGUACUCUCAGAUGGUAUGUUUUGUUCAGAGCUAUUUUGCUCCAAAACUCUUAAGUCCAUUCUUAAGUAAAUGUAUGUCCCUGAGAAAUUUGACUGUGAGUCAGAGCAUUUUAACUAGCCAAUCAGAUGAUAAUUUAUGUUUAACUUUCUCUUUUUGCUCAUCAGCUGCAAGCAAAAUCUUGUAGUUUUUAAUCUUAAAAUACUGAAUAAAAAAUCUUUUCCAAAAA